GAUACUUCUCCCGACCCAGAUCGAUUCUCGAUUGGGAACAAUGGGUUCUAAUACUUUUCCAGAACCAGAUCGAUCCCUACUUGUUCCCAAACACCAUAUCAAACAGAUUGUGUUUUCCGAAACACCAUAUCAAACACCAUAUCAUCCAGAUUGUGUUUUCCGAAACACCAUAUCAAACAGAUCAAGAUUUACCUUCGAUCAAGUAGGAGGGUUGGAACCGAAAUCCGACCACGGAUGAUCCACCCUCAUGGUUGCAAUUCAUUCCUCAAUAAAGACUGUUCGCAUACGUAGGCUAAAUAUAGAGAAGGCAGAAAACAAAUAGGGACCAACUCAACUCCUGGUUUAAGGCGCAGAGGUCCUUUCAAUGGAUCCCUUGCUCUGGCAUAGAGUUGCUGCCGUUUCUGGGGUUGCUGCUCUUGGUCUGGGCACCUAUGGAGCCCAUGUCUUUCAGCCGCACAACCCAGCUUACAAAGAUGUUUGGCAAACUGCAUCUCUCUAUCAUUUGGUGCAUACAGCAGCCUUGUUAGCGGCUCCUAUUACCAAGCAUCCCCACGUCUUUGGGUCUUUGCUAACAACCGGCAUUUUGGCUUUCUCGGGCACGAUGAUGGUGGUGGUGAUUAUGAUGAUUAUAAUUCUUCUGCUGAUCAUGGAUGUCCAUUUCAAAUUUCAAGUGAAAGGCAAUGCAUGGCCCUGGAGACUCAAUUUGGACCAACCAAGAGUUCUCACGUCAUACGGAAGAUUGGGUGAUGGAGCUAUACGCAAUAUGGACAUGAUGCUAGAUAUCAUGUCAAAUCAAGAAGUGACAAGCAUAAAUCUUGCACAUAUAAAUGCAACAUCUUUGUGUUUGUGAAUGGUUGUGUACUCCUUGUUGUAAGCUGAAGAUAUUUACCUAGAAGUUGGUUGAAGGAAAGUUCAGCUGUUCUUAAAAUUUUGUUUGAUAUUUUGAAAGUGGUGACCCAAUUCAGGGGAUUUUUUGAGAGUUCAUCUAGCUUUCUACUUCAUGGAUAUCUCUACUUUUGGAAUGCUUCUGGCACAGGCGAGUGCAUGGCAUCAGCUAUGGUCCCUCUAUCUUUGGCUUAGAUCUUUGCUUAAAUACUUGUGAGAUGUUAACUUGUUGGGUUGCCCGUCAACCCCCAAUAAGUUAUCAUUCUGGUAUUGAACGGCUUAAUUUUGGUUACUAUACUUGUAGGGGAGCUUUCAAAUAGUGUGUUUGAGUCUUUCAUAAGGUCUUAUUCGUGAUGGUAUUUUUAGGUCCAUUCUUUCUAUACAUUUAAAUGCCAUUUGAGUGCUAUUUAUUUUUUAUGUAC